CCAUCCAACUAUUUUACUUCUCAAACUUUUAAAGGUGUGCCUUAUGCCAGUCAUAAGCUUUCAGUCGUCAUCAAUGCACUCAUUGCAAAUGAUAUUUGCACUGAGCGAACUCUGUUAACAGAUCCUUGAGAUUUAAGAGGGAGAAGCUUCACAGCGAGAAAUUGCGAGGAAGGUUACAUAAACACGAUUUUGACGCAUGGGCUGAUAGAAAAUGAUGAUCUUUAGACACACAUACAUAUGUAGAUUGAAUCCCUCGAAACCAUGUAACCACUUUGCCAAUAUAACCCUGUUCAAUGUAUUCACGUACAUAUGUAGAGGCAACCCCUCCAUGCCAUGCAUCCACCUUGUUCAAACACCCAUCUUCAGUCUAUACACAUGCCAUUUUCCUUUCUCCUCCUAUACCCCAUUGACUGCAUCAGAAAACCAGGUGGCAGAGGAAGGACGAUUAAGACAGGGUUCAAGCAAACGGGAAAGGCUGCCAAGGCCACUAGGGUUUCAAGAGCUUGCUGAGACUAUAAAUGGUCUUACACCCUUGAGGCUAUUGAGUUUGUUGGAGUUACCUCUUGACACAUCUACUACUCUGAAUGCCUUCAAUUGGGCAUCCAGACAAAAGGGGUACACCCACAAUACUGCGACCUACCAUGCCAUAAUAAGGAAAAUGGGAUAUGCAGGGCAGUUUGAAGAGGUUCACAGGCUUUUAAGGCAAAUGAAGGCUGAAGGGUGCGUCUGUCAAGAAUGGACCUUUAUCUUGGUAAUGCAAUGCUAUGCAAAAGCUCAAUUACCAGGUCAGGCUGCUCGUGUUCUUAAUUUAAUGAGCGAAUUCAACUGCGAGCCUUCAGUGAAGUCAUUCAAUGUGUUGCUUGACAUCCUGGUUUCACAGAAUUGUCACCAAAUGGCACAGUCUGUUUAUUACAGCAUGCUUAGUGCUGGGGUUUCUCCUACUGUUUUCACUUUUGGCACCAUCAUAAAGGCCUUUUGCAGAAUGAAACAGGUAGAGUUUGCUUGCCGCUUGCUCCAUGAAAUGCCCAAACACGGCUGUGUUCCUAACACCAUUAUAUAUUAUACCCUCAUAGAUACUCUUUGUAAGGAUAAUAGAGCAAGGGAGGCGCUUAAAAUUUUACAUGAGAUGCUUUUGAUGGGGUGCACGCCUGAUGUUUUCACUUACAAUAAUAUCAUUGAUGGUUUCUGUAAGUCUGGAGAGAUUUCUGAGGCUAGAAACCUAUUUCAUAAAAUGUUGCUUCGUGGCUGCAGUCCAAAUGUAUUUACUUACAAUAUACUGAUCAAUGGACUAUGCAAAAAUGGUCAAGUGGAUGAAGCUAGAAUUGUUCUAGAUUACAUGUCUAAAAAUGGUUUACAACCUAAUAUUGCUAUUUACAACAUGUUAAUUGAUGGGCUACUGAAGGAAGACAGAGUGAAAGAAGCUAGGGAAUUUUUAAAUGAAAAAAUGGUGCAAAAUGGAUGUGAACCAAAUGUUUUUACAUACAGUAUUUUGAUUCGUGGGCUUUGCAAGGAGGGAAAUUCCAUAAAAGCUUAUCAGCUCUUUGAUGAGAUGACAAGUAAGGGAUGUUUUCCAAAUGUUGCUACCUACACAACGCUCAUUCAUGGUCUGUGUAAAGAGGCAAGAAUGGAGGAUGUUGAUAAGGUUUUGGAAGAAAUGUCUAGUAGGGGUGUUGCUAUGAAUGUACGAACAUACAACACAGUCAUCCAUGUUCUAUGCAAAGAGGGUAAAAUGGUUAGAGCAGUUGAUUUAAUGAAUAGAAUGUCAAGACAGGGCUGUACCCCUGACAUAACCACAUUUAACUCGUUUAUUUUUGGUCUAUGCAAAGAAGGCAGAAUAGGUGAGACCUUGAAGGUUUUCAACCACUUGUUACCGCAGGGCAUAGUUCCAAAUAUAGUCACUUAUAAUACUUUGAUCAAUGGGUUGGUGCAGGAAGGUGACACUGAGAAGGCCUUGGAGCUAAUAAAUGAAAUGGCAUUAGUAGGAUGUGUUCCAAAUGUUAUUACUUACAACACAUUGAUAAAAGGAUUCUGCAAGGCCAGUGACACUGAGAAGGGCUUGGAUCUGUUUCAAGAAAUGCUGUGGAAGGGAGUCACCCCCAACACUCAUACAUACAAUGUUUUGAUUGAUGGGCUCUGCAAUGCGGAUAAAUCAUCUGAUGCAAGAAAGCUUUUUAAGGAGAUGUGUCAUAGAGGAUGUACUCCAGACAGCAUUACCUAUAACACUCUCAUUAAAGGCCAUUGCAAAGAGGGCAGAAUAUCAGAAGCUAAGGAGCUUUUUGACAAAAUGCAUGUAGAAGGUAUCACACGUGACAUUAUAACUUACAACACACUGAUAGGGUGGCUUUGCAAGGCACUUUUGGUGAAUGAGGCUACCAGCUUUCUCAUUAGAGCAGUUGAUGAUGAAGGGCUUGUCCCUGAUGCUUUCACAUGGAACCCGCUUGUCAAUUCUCUUCUGAAAGAAAAUGAUUGUUGGCAACAAGAAAUGUUACAAAAGUUCACUGCAGCCCUUGUAAUUUGAAGGAAUUUGAAAAUUCUAUAAAACUUUGAAGCAUAUUUUUGUUCA